AUGCCUCUUCGGAGGUCGUUACGACAGUUACCAUCUCGAAGGUGUCUCACUCCUACGCGCAAAUUCGGUAUUCAAUUCCGCAGGUUUUCGGCUGAGCAGAAACCACGCGAAACUCAACAGUUCACUGUUUGGAGACCAUAUCUACGACUGGCUGUUGGGAUCCCCUUCAUAGGAGCAUUGAUCUACUCCAUGAUGACCGGAGAAGUCACCGAACUCGAUGCACCUUCCAUUGUGGAGCUUGACGAGACCCUGAAACGACAAUCGACAAUCAACGAGUCGUCUCCGAUGCGUUUACGAAUGGAGAAGUUGAUCAAAGAACACCAGAAGAAGAUCGUGGACGAACUCAGCAGAAUAGAUGGCAAAGAAUUCCACGCGGAUACUUGGACCCGGCCCAAUGGCGGCGGCGGUAUUUCCUGCGUCCUUCAGGAUGGAAACGUUUUUGAGAAAGCAGGCGUCAAUGUGUCAGUGGUCUACGGGGAACUGCCACGCCCUGCCAUUGAAAAGAUGCGCGCCGAUCACAAAUCGUUUGUCGGGGCAGACGUGGACUCGUUGAGCUUCUUUGCCGCCGGCCUCUCUCUCGUCCUGCACCCUCAUAACCCGAUGGCACCCACUGUCCACCUGAACUACCGGUAUUUCGAAACUUCAGACCCGAAGGACCCUAUCAACGGAGAGAAGAAUUGGUGGUUUGGCGGCGGCACUGAUCUAACACCGUCCUACCUCUUCCCCGAAGAUGCCAAGCAUUUCCACCAGACAAUUAAGGACACCUGUGACAGACACGAUGCCACCUACUACCCCAAGUUUAAGGCCUGGUGCGAUAAAUACUUUUACCUGCCUCACCGUGGCGAAAGCCGCGGCAUCGGAGGUAUCUUCUUUGAUGAUCUGGAUGCUAGCUUUUUGCAAAGCUCGUCCUCUUCUUCCUCCAAUCCACAGGAGACUCUUUUCUCCUUUGUGUCGGAUGCCCUUGCAUCUUUCCUCCCCGCCUACGUCCCGAUCGUCGAACGCCGAAAGGACAUGCCCUUCACCCCUCAGCAGAAGGAAUGGCAACAGCUUCGACGCGGCCGCUACGUUGAAUUCAACCUUGUGUACGACCGCGGUACCAGCUUCGGUCUGCGCACUCCCAACGCUAGGGUAGAGAGUAUCCUUAUGAGCCUUCCCCGCACCGCAAGCUGGGUAUAUAUGGAUCCCGUCUCUGGAACGAGGACUGAUUCCGCAGACGGCGAGGAGCAGGCCGUCGAUGAAACCACCGAGAAGGAAAGAGAAUUAAUGGACGUCCUUAGACAUCCGAGACAAUGGGCAUAG